AUGCGUUUUUUGCUUUUUCUUUUGUCGGCGGCGAUCUCGAGGGGCCCCCGAGCAGCAGAGGCGGCUUGGCCUGGCAGCAGGCGCGCUGCAGCUGCCGACUCAGCCGCAGACGCAGCCACUCUCGCCCCCGACGGCUCUUAUUACUUAAGACAAACCUCCCCUUGGGAAGAUGCUCCUUUGUACAGCAGGCCUGGGGAGGGGGGGCCGCAGUGGGGGGCGGGGCCGGGCGCAGGCUCUGCAGCAGCAGCAGCAGCAGCAGCAGCAGCGCAGGCGGCAGCAACUGCAGCAGCUGCUGCAGCCCCCUACCUCCACGUCCACGCUGCAGCAGCCGGCGCUGCCCCGCAGCAGCUCCGCCCCUGGGGCUCGCUGCACCGCCUGGCCAGGGCUUUAGGCCACCCCUCUUUGCUGCUGCGCGCAGCUUUGCUGCGGCACUUUUGCCUGGCUGUUGCGCAGCUGAGAAGCCCCUUCUUGGGCCUCCGAAGCAGCGGCGCUGCUGCGCACAGCAGCAGCAGCAGCAGCAGCAGCAGCAGCAGCGGGGAGCAGCAGGGCAAAGCGAGAGUCGGAGAAGCAGAAGUGGCGGCGCUGGCGGCGAAGCUCGCGGGCGUGGUGGGGUCCGCUGGACAUACACCCGAGGGGGGAAAGCUGUGGACGAAGCUGAUGCUUCUGCACUUCGAAAAACUUGUCAGUGAAAGUGAAAAGAUUCUUUUUGAAGUGGCAAGAGAAGGCAAUCCCGCGCGGAUGGUGUCUGCACUUAGCCAGAUUGUGCCUCCCGUGAUGAGGCGCUUCUCUUACCUCGAAAGCUUCCCCAGUUCGGGGGCUCCGGGGGUCUUGGAGCCAGUUCGGGUUUCGCUGCUGCGGCGGGCCAGGGAGCUCGACUUGGCCCUCCUGGCGGCUCAAAAUGACCCUUUCAUUGUUAAUAAAUUCGGCAAAGACUUAACUGAAGAGGAAUUGCAAAGAGAAAGGGAAAUGGCUGCGCUGGAGGGGGGCGCUCACGCGCCCGCGCAGCCGGUCUUUGCAGAAAGCCUCCCCGCGAGCGGCCGGGGCUGCAAGCAGCAGCCCCAGGCCCGUUUGCCUGCACUUCUGCUGAUUUGUUUUCUUCUUUUUACUAUUUAUUCUCAAUUUAAACCUUUAAAGUCCGCGCGGAAGCCGCGGGCGGAGGCGGCGGAGGCGCGGGCGCGGGGGAGCGACCUGGAGCCGGACGCAGCCCCUCCAAUGCCCCCUCGGGGUUUUGGAGCAGAUCCGAGGACUCCGCCUCCGAGUUACUGGGACGUGAUGGGCUUGCCGGGCCCUGGCAGCAGCCCCCCCUGA